UUUACCUGGCAGAUCGAUUCAUUUGGGCCAAGAUGAACAAGAGAUUGAUUCGUUUGUCACAGAUGAAAAAGGAUUUUUUGCACAAGUCUAGUGCUCACACAGUGCGAAACGAUCCAGAGCACCACCUCCACAUCACAGAUGACCUGGCACUCAAAAACAGGUCUCCUGUGAAUUUGUCAAUGGAUCUCAAGGAAUGUAUGGAAGCACUGAGUCUGUUUCUUAAUAACCAGUUUAACGAGAGCCUUGAUCUUUUGCGGCCAAGAGCUGCAGACAGCAUGUACCAUGGCCUUGUAUAUGGUACCAUCCAGGAAAUGCAAGCAAUGAUGACAUUUGAGCAUGAUGACAUCAUCAAUGCUGGACUGACUAUGAAACAGGCUCAAGAAACAUGCCAGAGAUUUAGAAAGAAAACCUCCCUUAUUGGAAAAACUGGAGCUGACUCGUAUACAGAAGUUGAAUUUCAUGCAGAAGUUUGCUACGCAGAGUGCCUUCUCCAGAGAGCGGCUCUGAUUUUCCUGCAGGAUGAGAAUAUGAUCAACUUUAUCAAGGGUGGAAUGAAAGUUCGGAAAAGUUACAUGAUUUAUCGAGAUCUAAACAACAUUAUGCAGUCCAAUACAUUCCAGAAGGGGGAGUCACAUUUACAUCUGGAGGGAGGAGUCUCUCUGGGGAUUGGCGCAUUCAACUUGACGCUGUCCCUCUUCCCCCCACGCAUUUUGAAGUUACUGGAAUUUGCUGGAUUUUCUGGAGAUAAGGACUAUGGUUUGUCUCAGCUUCGUGAAGGUGCCCAGUCCAACAAUCUACGCUCCCUGCUUUGCACAAUGCUACUGCUCUGUUAUUACACCUUCCUCAGUUUUGUCUUGGGCAUCGGUGAAGAUAAUCUCUCUGAAGCACAAGCCAUCCUGCAGCCGUACCUGACCAGCUAUCCCAAGAGUGCCAUCUUUCUCUUCUUUGCUGGGAGGAUCGAAGAAAUCAAAGGAAAUAUUGAUGAGGCUGUGAAUUGGUUUGAGUUGGGUUGCUCGGCCCAGCAGUCGUGGAAGCAGUUCCACCACAUGUGUUAUUGGGAGCUGAUGUGGUGCUUUGCUUAUAAAGGAAUGUGGAAGCUGGCAUACUUCUAUGCAGAUCUCCUAAGCAAAGAGAAUCGGUGGUCAAAGGCCAUGUACGUGUACAUGAAGGCAGCCUUUCUCAGUAUGUUACCCAAGCAUGAAGCACGACCAUUCGACGAGAAUGAAGUGGAGUUGUUCAGACUGGUUCCUUCUUUAAAACAGAAAAUAGCUGGAAAAUCCCCACCCACUGAGAAAUUCGCCAUAAGGAAGGCGAGGAGAUACCAAGCGAAGAAUCCCAUCAAUCUGCCGGUGCCUGCUCUGGAGAUGAUGUAUUUAUGGAACGGGUUCUCGGUGCUUGGCAGAGAUGCCCAAAUGACAGAAGAUGCCUUGAAUACUCUGUGUGCAGCGGAGAGCCGCCUGCAUGAGGAACCAGCAAAUGACUAUUUUGAUGAUGACCUUUGCACCAUUAUGCUUCUGAAGGGUUUGUGUCUAAAACACCGAGGCAAACUGACACAGGCAGAGCAGUGCUUCGUACAGAUAUGUCAGAGUGAGAAGCGGAUAAAGUUUGAUUGCCAUUUGGUCCCCAACGCACUGUUGGAGCUUGGUCUGUUGUAUAUGCAGCAACGUAGGGGUGAAGAUGCCAUACCCAUUUUACGCCGUGCCAAGAACAACUAUAAAAAUUAUUCCAUGGAAUCGAGGACUCUCUUCAGAAUUCACGCUGCACUUACUAAACUCAAAGCCCCAGACUCUGAGGAAAACAGCACGGAUGGGGCCAACCUAUCCUGACUCUUGCACCCCCACUCCUUCUCUAAAUAAAGCCUUGUCAUUAUUCCAGAGAUUGCCAUAAUAUACACCGUACAUCCAUAUAUUAGACUGGAUAUCUCUAGACCAUAACCUGAAGAGGAAACGUGCCCAAACUCUGCCUUAUACUUUGAGCAGAAUCAUCCAUUUACAUUUUAAUGAUUGACUGUGUUCCUUUAAAUAGUAUUAAUAAUUGUAAAUGUAAUAAAUUAUAUAGUUUUCAUUUUAA